AUGGCUCCCAAAGAUCCUUCAACGUUUGUUAAAGUUGGUAAAAGAAAAGUAGAUGUCAGUUCUGCAGAUAAGGAGGCUGGAAAGAGGUUGAAAGCUUGGUUUUCAUCUACCGGUUCAAGUAGGUCUACUUCAAGCGCUUCGGCUUCUACAAGUCAUCAAGUUUCCACUAUGCUAGAUGACUUAGAAAAGUCGGAUAACAAUAAAAACUUUUAUAUAAGGCUUUUUCAAGGAUCCAAUGAUAUUACAAAUAGCAAAGAAGACCUUGAUUCUGUAUUUAUAGAACAAGAAGAGCAAAAUGAUAUUCCGGUUACUAUCAAAAAAGACUUGAUUUCGUUAUGCAAGAAUGAAAAGCCAAAUUUUAUUUUCCUUCCACACAAGGCCCCUAAAUGUGAUAUUGAGUUAGGAGUAAAGGGAAUUGUUUAUUCAACGAUUCAAAUGAUUCAAUCUUCUAAAUUCUAUGAUUUAUUUUUAUGCAAUCGUGAAAAUUUUAUCUUAGAGGCAAGUCUAGAACGUUUCAAUCUUACGGUAACGUCAUUUGCAACAUCUAUUUUACAGACUUUGAAUAGGAAUAAAGGCUCAAAAGCAUUUUUAUUAUCUUUAGCAAAUAUUUCAAAUAAGGAAGUAGGUUUUCUUGAUCAAGAAGUACGGAUUACCAAUCGUUUUUCCUUUUCCGGUAUUUACCUUCUUUGGGGCUUAAAUAAAGCAAAAGAAGUUGAAUGGAUCUAUGUCGGAAAAAGUCGAAAUAUUCAAAAUCGGCUUGGUCAACAUUUUGAUUGUGUAGAGGAGAAAUGGCCAGACGCAGAGCAUACAACAACUCUCAAAUAUCAUUUAGCAAAAAAGUCAUAUACGGUCAAAUUUGGUGUCUUAGCAAAUACAAGUUCUAGUGAUGAUUUAGAUCUAUGCAACGCAAUCUUAGAGCCUCUUUAUUGUGCUAUGUUUGGAUCAUAUAACAAAUGUCCAAAAUUUUUGGAACUUCGGGCACAAUUCGGAUUACCAGCUAUCAACGUGAAAGGGGCAAAUGCUACCCGUUGUUUGGAUAGGCCCGAUAGAAGGGAAGAUGUUGCUGCUAAUCUCAAUAUUGCAAUUGAGCAUUGGAGGUCAAAAAUAUCAUCUUCUUGGUUUAACUUUGUUCGAGUUGAUUGGCUAUGGAAAUAUUGUCAAGAUUGUAUUUCUAAAGGUAUUCCUAUUCCGGAAAAUCUUAAAGGAAUUACACAAGACUGUGUCAGUCAGGCAAAAAAGCAAGUAUAUAUUUACCGUGAUCGCUAUAAAGCUAUUAAAAGAGAUCAUUUACUAAAUAGUGAAUUUAUCAUACUGGCUAAGAUAGAAAAAAAGGACUAUCCAAGAUUCCACACAUCAAAUUUUUAUGGUAUUUCGAUUAAAAGAAGUAUUGUUGAAACCCUUGGAAUCACAGAUCUUUCUCAAGUCCGUCUUCAUCUUCAGCGUAGUCUAAGUAAUCAAGAAGAUAAUGUUUUUAUCAAUCUUACCGAGCAAGAACGUUCUUUAUAUACUGGAAUCAAAUUAUUUACAACAAAAGACAGAAUCACGGUUCCAUUUCAAUUUUCAACAUCAGUCAAGAAUUCAGAUAUACAUCAAAAGUUUACCAAGAAAUUAUAUGAUUGGUUAACCGUAGGAGACUUACAAACUCCUGUUCGUAAAGCAAAAGUCCUAGGAUUUCAAGAAAUCUCUAUUCCUGAAGAUAUAGAGAAUAGAGAUACUGUUUAUAGACUUUUAAACGGUUUAUCGUAA